UGUGGUUUUGGGUGGAGGUGGUGGGAUUAGGGUUAGAGUAGUGGGGAUUUUUGUGUGGAAAAAUUUUGGGGAGGAGAAGUUGGGAGUUGGAGAAGGGGUAUUGUGUGAAGAAGUUCUGAAGUGUUGUUUAGGGUAAUAUAACUCAGCAAAGGAUCCUCUCACAGAAGAUCAUAGGGAAGUUAAGUAGAACUCUCAGCUUAGGAGUUCAUCAAACUACUUUUGGCAUGCAGAAUCGCAAUAAAAAAUAUCAGGGAGAAAUGGAGAGUGCAUACAGAUAUUCUUCAAUUCACUCUAUCUUUCAUAAUUCAGUCAGGACUUUGGAUACAAAAGAUAUGAUUAGAACAAUCAUUUGCCGUAAAAACAAGCUUUAUUUAUUUUCAAAACACAUUGCGGACUUUGUAACCUCCAGUGCUCAGCUCACUAAGCUAGGGCUAUUCUCAACCAAAAUGUCAUCAAUAGCUUACCAAGCUAGCUUAGAUGCCUGCACAAGCACACAACUCAACUCUGAUUCUAAGAAAAAAAUGAGCAAGAACAAAUCUGAGAAGAGAGCCAAUAAAGGGCCAAAAAAGCCAAAGAAGAAUAAAGGGCAAGUGGACUACACUGCUCCUCCAAUCACUCUGGUGGAUAUCCGUGUCGGUCAGAUAACCAAGGUCAGUAAACACCCUGAUUCUGAUAAGCUGUACUUGGAAGAAAUAGAUAUUGGAGAAGCUGAGCCACGCUUCAUUGUCAGUGGGCUCCAACAAUUUGUUCCAAUAGACCAAAUGGAAAACGCCAUGGUCUGUGUAGCAGCCAAUCUUAAGACCAGGAAAUUAGGUGGAUAUCCAAGCCAAGGCAUGGUUCUUUGUGCCACAAGUGAGGAUUUCACCUCUGUUGAGCUCUUAACUCCUCCUAAAGGAGCCAAGCCAGGAGAUAUUGUGAAAUUUGAAGGUGUCGAGCAUAAUGCACCACCUCAGCUCAAUCCAAAGAAGAAGAUUUUUGAGAAAGUCCAGAAAGACUUCAAAGUUGAUUCGAAUGGAAUUGCGUACUACAAAGAUCUAGAAUGGAAGCAUGAGAAUGGGCCGUUUACAGCUACAACUAUUAAGAAUGGACUUAUUUGUUAA